UGAAACUCUUCAUACAAUGUGCAUGAUACGACCAAUCAUCAAUAAUAUGUUCAUUUAUUGUGAUUCUGUCCAAUUCUAUCUUGAUUCUAUUUUCAAAAUGUCUUUUGUGUCAAAUUUUAAUUUACAAAUGAAAUCAUAACCUUAUUCACUUCGUCGAAUUAGUUAUCGUAUCUAUUCUUUGUUUACUCAAAAAUUUAUCAUAUAAAAUCUAAAUAAAAAAAAUAUUAGGAGGACAUAAUAAACUGACAUCUGCCAAAAGUUUUAUUACAAUAACUUAUAAAUUUUAAUUAAAUAGCUAAAAUAUAUUAUUAAUUCAGCACAAUGGGUGAGAGAAAAGGAACAAAUUUAUACUAUCCACCUGAUUACGAUCCACGCGUUGGUGGACUUAAUAAAUUUCUUGGAACACAUGCAUUACGUGAAAGAGCACGGAAACUUCAUAUGGGUAUCCUUAUUAUUCGAUUUGAAAUGCCAUAUAAUAUAUGGUGUAAUGGUUGUGGAAAUCACAUUGGAAUGGGUGUACGAUAUAAUGCAGAAAAGAAAAAAAUCGGAAUGUAUUAUAGUACUCCGCUUUAUCAGUUUCGUAUGAAAUGUCAUCUUUGCAACAAUCAUUUUGAAAUAAAAACUGAUCCUGCUAAUUUAGAUUAUGUUAUUGUAAGUGGUGCUCGACGCCAAGAAAAUCGAUGGGAUCCUAAAGAAAAUGAGCAGAUCGUACCAGAAACAAAGGAAGUUUCUCAUCGAUUAUAUGAUGACGCAAUGUAUAAAUUAGAACAUAAAGUUGAGGACAAAAAGGUAGCCAAAUCACGAGAUAAAGUAUUAGAAAGCGCUAUUUCUUUAAACGAUGCCACAUGGAAGGAUGAUUAUAGUUCAAAUUGUGCAUUAAGAUCUGCAUUUCGGGCUAAAAAGAAAGAACUUAAAAAAAAACAAGGAUUAAACCAAUUAUUAUUGAAUAAAUCUGGAUUGAAAAUAGAUUUAGUGGAGGAACAUGAAGAUGAUAUUAAAACAGCUAAAUUACUUGUACAUAAUACAAAAAAAGGUACAGUUGAUACAACACCUUUAAAAAAAUUAGUUUCUAUUGUACGUUCGAAAAAUAAAACGAAAAAUAUGUCGCUAUCUUCGCUAAAAAAAAAAGCUAAUACAAGUAAACAUUUGUUACCAAAGGUAGAUAUAGCAACAUCAUCAAAAAGUGCUAAUAUCUCUACUUCCUUAGUCAAUUACGAUGGUUCAUCUACUGACACUGAAGCAUAAUGUACGUUUUCAAGCUUUGAAUUAUACAUAAUGUAAAUAUGUAAUUAAUAUUAAUUGUAAACUUUUGAGGUGUUUUAUUAUUUAAUGUAUAAUAUUUGUAUAUAAUAUUUAAAAUAAAGAAUUCUAAUAAAUAAUGAA